AUGUCGGCUGACAGACUGAGCAGCGCGUCAAAGGAGGUGAAGCCAGAGAGUGUGUCGCUGUAUCCUCUGGGCACAGCAGCUGGCCCUGAGCAGGAGCUGCUGUGUAUCUUUGGGACGGGAGACUUAGGGCGCUCUCUGGGCCAGCGUCUGCUCCAUUCUGGCUACAGGGUGGUGUACGGCAGCCGCAGACCUCACAGCUGUGGCCCCUUGCCUCAGGGAGCUCAGGCAAUGAGCCACGAGGCAGCAGCCCAGUCAGCCAGUCUGGUCUUUCUUUGUAUUCACAGAGAACACUAUGAUUUCCUGGAAAAACUUGCACCUCAACUCCAGGGAAAGGUGCUGGUGGACGUCAGCAACAACCUCAAGAAGAAUCUAUACCCAGAGGCCAAUGCUGAGUGUCUGCAGAGGCUGAUCCCUGGAGCUCAUGUGGUGAAGGCUUUCAACACCUUGUCUGCGUGGGCCCUGCAGAAUGGACCCUCAGAUGCCAAUAGACAGGUGUACCUGUGUGGAAACGGUGCUGAGGCAAAGCAGGCAGUAGCAGAGGUGGCCACCAAACUUGGCUUCGCUGCUUUGGAUAAAGGUUCUCUGUCAGCAGCCAAAGAGCUGGAGGACUUCCCACUACAGCUGUUCCCAGAAUGGAGGAUGCCGCUAUGCGUGGCCGUCGGCCUCACUGCCUUCAUCUUUGUCUAUGUGGUCAUUAGAGAUGUUGUCUAUACGUAUGUUGAACAGGGGAAAGACAACUCCUUUAGAAUCAUGGUGUCCCUGGCCAACAAGGUGUUUCCCAUUGUGUCUCUCAUCAUGUUGUCUCUGUGUUACCUGCCUGGUGUCAUAGCUGGCUUCAUUCAGCUCUACAGAGGCACCAAGUACAGGCGUUUUCCUGACUGGUUGGAUCGCUGGAUGCUGUGCAGGAAACAGCUGGGACUGGUAGCACUUGGCUUUGCUUUUCUACAUAUGGUCUACACUCUCAUCAUCCCCAUAAGAUAUUAUGUGAGAUUCCGGCUUUCUGCAAAUACCAUCUCACAGAUCAGGGAGAACCGAACUUCAGUGUUUGACACCACCACGGCCUGGCGUUCAGACUCUUACUACUCUAUGGGGAUUCUGGGAUUUGGCCUGUUUCUCCUGUUGGGAAUAACCUCUCUCCCCUCUGUCAGCAACGCUCUCAGCUGGAGGGAGUUCAGCUUCAUACAGUCCAAGCUGGGAUACCUGACAGUGUUCUUCUGUACCCUUCACACCUACCUGUACGGCUGGUCCGGGUUCCUUCGUUCCUACAAAUGGCACAUGCCUCCGGCCUACAUGCUCGCUCUGGUGUUGCCUUCUGUGUUGAUAGUGCUCAAGUUGCUGCUCCUCCUGCCCUGUGUGGACCGCAGCCUCACCCGCAUUCGACAGGGCUGGGAGAGGUCUGAGACGCAGGACGGCAGUGAGAAACCACUGCUAACAUAGAGACUAUGACAGACACAAAAACAAUGGUAUGCACUGAAAAAGGCCAACACAAAGACACCACAGUGACUUGCCUUCUAAGAGCUCUAUUAUCAGAUAACCCCAGCUCAUUGUUUUGGACGUCAUAGAUCCAAGACUAUGCAAUUUACACUUAUUGUUCUGCUCUCUAUUGUCAACAUAGUCAACAAAGGCAAUUGAUUGAAACUCCUUUCAGUCUCUCUUUGUGUAAUCAUCUUUGAAUUGUUCCAUUUUUUAAACAUAGUAUAUGAUACAAUGUGUAUGCUUUUAUCAGUUAUACAAAUACCUUAGAGCAGUGAUCUCAAAGUAGGGUCUGGGGACCCCCAGGGGUCUGUGGCACUCUGCCAGGGGGUCCGUGAAAGGUUUUCAGAUUAAUUCAUUUAAAUCACCAUGACGUUUUCUUUCUUUUUAAAAAAGGCUUCAUAGCUCAACAAACUGAUUUAUAAUAAAAUUAUAAAAAUCAAGAUUUAUAAUAGUUAAUAGAUUACGCACCAAACUAACAAAUCUAUAACUCGUGUAAUCUGCAAAUAUGUUUAAUACAUGUCUAAUACAUAUCUAUUACAUUUUUGUGUGUUUUUGUUUUACAUAACUAAGACUGUAGAAGUGUAAAAAAAUAGGCUUUGUCAAAUUAUUCCAAUGGAUAGACAGAGACAGAAAAUUCUCUAUCUUGUAAGGUGUCCUUGGUUCUAAAAAAGAUUGAGAACCUCUGCCUUAGAGAAUCAUAGACACAUGCAUUAAAGCAGCCGUAUAGGAUUUUAACACUAGAGUUGAAUCAUUUCACAAUAACCAUCCAGUAUUGUUAGAGAGUCUAACUCUGAGGCAGGCAACUCUGUUGUAAUUCCCUUACCAUCAACAGCAAGAGUUUGACUUUCAUUUUUAUACACACUUUCUUAUCAACCUGCAUCUACAUGGGGGCUUUUGUUUAAUCAAUUCACUUUGUAUCCUUUUCUGUAAAUUAAGAUUUUUGGAUCUUUUGUUCUUCCUUAUUAAUGCUGCUAAAUGUCAAGUGUAACCACUGUUCAAUACAUUUCAUUGUGACUGAA